AUGUCAACAGUAAGACAGCGCUUCACAGUUAUCAAGCAGGCCUUCUCCAGUCCACGCGCCCUGCUGGAGUCAGCUCGUAUUGAAAACAACCGGGAAACCCAGGACGAGGCCGGACUCUUCGGCAGCUGGUCGAACAAAGAUUUGGAUCCAUCUCCUCCUUCCCAGCGAGUAUGGACACCAUGGUCCUUUUUUGCCUUUCAGUUUAGCAUCGCCUUUUCGCCAACGACAUAUAAUGUUGGGGCUAGCCUCUACGCUACGGGUCUGAACUGGUGGACCAUCUUGAUAGCUUCCUUCAUCGUCUCUUUCUUAGUGGGCGGACUGCUUUGGUUGAACUCCCGUGGAGCUGCCUUGUACCAUCUGGGAUAUCCGACUUAUGUCCGCCUUUCCGCCGGUAUUUAUGGAUCACUCGUAUUCAUCUUCCUCCGAGGGGUGGUCGCGAUUCUAUACAUGGGAAUCCAAUCGCUGUACGCUAGUUACUUUGUCAACGUCAUGCUUCGAUGUGUCUUCGGUCACAAUUGGACUGAACUUCCCAAUUAUCUCCCUGAGUCAGCUGGUAUCACCUCGGGCAAAAUGAUUUCCUUUCUUAUUAUUUGGCUUCUCCAGUUCCCGUUUGCAUUUGUCCACCCGAGCAAAAUGUCAACCGUGUUUAUGGUGAAGUCAGUUAUUGCCCCAAUUGGGCUGAUUGCAACAAUGAUCUGGACAGUUGUCUCCAGUCAUGGUGUCGAUUUCCAAGGGCUCGGACCUAGCAACGUAUCUGGGGCCGUUCUGGGCUGGUCUUUCAUGAAAGCCAUUAACAGUAUUGUUUCUAAUGUGAUUCCUCCGUUGGUCAACAGUCCCGACCUCACAAGAUAUGCGAAGUGUCCACGGGACACUUUGCCCUUGCCAAUUGGAAUAAUCUUGAGCAAACCACUUGUGGUCUUUCUAGGAAUGGUCAUCACAGCCGCUGGAUACAAGCAAUUUGGAGAGGCGUAUUGGAAUAUGUGGGAUCUCUAUUCUAGUAUUCUAGACCAUUACUGGGGCCCAGGAACCCGAACGGUUGUGUUCCUUGGUGCGGGUAUCCAGGCAUUUGCUACGAUUGCUACAAAUCUCACCAGUAACUCGAUCCCAGUCGGAUGCGAUCUCGCUGGUCUAUUUCCACGGUACAUAACAAUUGUCCGUGGCCAGGUGCUUUGCUUCUUAUUGGCAUGGGUAGUAGUUCCAUGGAAAUUAACAUAUUCUGCCUCGUCUUUCCUGACCUUCCUCAACUCAUACCUUUGUUUCAUGUGCCCUAUUGUAGCUAUGAUGAUUGUCGAUUACUGGAUUGCUCGCAAAGGAAACAUUCAUGUUCCUUCCCUCUAUAACGCAAAACCCGGCACUCCGUACUUCUACACCGGUGGCUUCAACCUACGCGCGUUUGCUGCCUGGUUCGGCGCAAUCGCUCUGGUCAUCCCAGGUGUCUCUGGUGCUCUUAACCCUGGAUCAGUCGCCGACGCCGCUGUUAAAAUAUACAAUAUGGGCUUCCUAAUUUCUACCGCUUUCGCAGCGCUGGUAUACUACAUAUGCUGCAGGAUUUGGCCAGUGCAGAUUUAUCCUACCGAGCUGAGGGCAAAAGACGCCAGUUGGGAAGCCAUGAGGUACACGGAGGGCUUUUUCCCCGAAGAUGAAAUCGUGCCAGACUAUUUACAAGAAACUGUCAUUGAAGGAAUAACAGUGAAGCCUUCAAAAGGCUCUUUGGAAGAAGAAACGAUGGACAUGCAAAAGGAGGCAAUGUUUUAA